AUGGUAUCACAUAGGGAGUUACUCAAACACCACGGUUAUGCAGGUGAUACACACCUUGGAAACAUCGUUUACGAUGAGGAAAAUGACAGAUGCUGGAUUGUAGACUAUAAGCACAUUUACGUCUUCGACGAUGGAGAGCCCAAGGUGUUUGCGGAUAGGGAUUAUCGAUUCUGGGGGCUUGGAUACACAGUCUGCGAGAAAGAGAUAUGGUAA